AUGAGAGCGCCGAACUUUGCAUGUUUCUUUGAUGUUGACGGUGUAAUUACAAAAGGUCCAAACUUUAUAGCAGUUGCUAAACCAGCUAUUCAAAUGUUGAUUCAGCUUAAAGUUCCUGUUAUAUUCGUUUCAAAUACAUGUAUGUUAGAAUCCGAUAAAGCUAAACAAUUAUCUGCCGUACUUGAAGUUACGAUUCAUCCUGAACAAGUUGUUCUUGCUCAGACACCAAUGAAAACACUCACGGAUUUUCAUAACAAGCACGUUCUUAUUUCUGGACAAGGUUCAUCAGAAGAAAUCGCUAAAAUGAUCGGUUUCAAAAGUGUCACAACAGUUGAAAAGGUUUGUGAAGCAUUUCCAGAAUUGGAUAUGGUCGAUCAUAUGAAUCGAGUUAGAUUGAGUGAAAUGAUCCGAACUCAAGGACUUGUUCAUGAUGAAAAUUUUCGUCCUGUUGAUGCUAUCGUUUUACUUGGCGAGCCAGUUCAAUGGGAACGAGCAUUACAAGUUAUUACAGAUCUUCUUUUGACCGAUGGUAACCCUGCUAUUGUACCAGGUGGACUAAAUAUCGAUCAUGAUCAUAUACCUGUUAUUGCUUGUAACAGAGAUCUUGUAUUUAAAGCAGCUGCAGAUUUACCACGUUUCGGUCAUGGUGCCUUUUUAACAUGUUUAGAAACACUCUAUAAAAGCCUAAGUGGUAACGAUCUGAAAUAUAGAGCAUUUGUUGGUAAACCAUAUGAAAUUUCUUAUCAAUACGCUGAAACCAUGGCUAAUAAAAUUGCAUUAGCUAAUGGCCAACCGAAAGUUGAGAAAAUCUAUUUUGUGGGUGAUAAUCCAGAUGUUGAUAUCGUUGGUGCAAAUAUGUAUAAUAAUAUAUUAAAACAAACAAUGCUUCCAAAAAUAAGUCUCAGUGGUUACAGUUUAUUGUCUGAUCCAAUGUUUUUAAGUGCAACAGCGUGCGAUUCAAUAUUAGUAUGUACAGGUGUUUAUGAUCCCAAAAAGCAUAAAAUUGAUGGUAAAAACCCAUGGAAAUUGCCAACAAAUAUUGAACUCGACGUUUUGGAAGCUGUCAAAUACGUUCUUUUAAAAGAAGGACGUACAGGCAAUGUAAAUUAUUAG